GAUUGCUACGAGAAGUAGAAACUAAACUACUAGUAGUCACAAUUGGAAAUGGAUAUAAAGAAGCAGGACCUGGUCAAGGAGCUGAGCAAGUUCAACCGCCAUUAUCUCAACUACAAGAUAAACCAGAGCAAGGAUCAGUGGUUGAACAAUAG